CUUUCGCGUGUUGCCGAUAGCGGUCGUUUCGACGGACUUCAGUGUGUGAAAAAACGGCUGCAAUGGCGGCGUCGAUGGACUCUGGGAAAUGGAUUUUUUCUAAAGAACAAUUACAAAAUACUCCUUCCCGAAGAUGCAACAUCGACUACGACAAGGAAAUUUAUUACCGGCAGCAGGCGGCUACAUUAAUUCAAGAAAUGGGCCAAAGAUUACAAGUGACACAGCUGUGUAUCAACACGGCCAUCGUGUAUGUGCAUCGGUUCUUCAUGUUCCAUUCCUUCACCAAGUUCCAUCGAAAUCCUAUUUCUUCCUGUGCUCUCUUUCUAGCCGCCAAAGUUGAAGAGCAGCCCAGGAAGUUAGAGCAUGUCAUAAGGGUUGCUCACAUGAUCCUCUACAAGGAUCAACGCCACUUGGACAUAAACUCUGAGCAAUACAUUGAGCAAGCUCAGGAGCUGAUAAAUAAUGAAAAUAUUCUGCUCCAGACGCUUGGGUUUGAUGUCGCAAUUGACCACCCUCACACGCAAGUGCUCAAGUGUUGUCAGCAUCUAUUUAGAGCGUCUUCUAGCAAGGAUAUGGCACAGACCUCUUACUUCAUGGCAACAAAUAGUUUGCACCUGACCACCAUGUGCCUCCAGUACAAGCCCACCGUGGUGGCCUGUGUUUGCAUCCAUCUGGUGUGCAAAUGGUUCAACUUUGAGAUACCACAGAGUGCCGAAGGUAAAGAUUGGUUUUGGUAUGUUGACAAAUCGGUGACGCUAGAAAUGCUGGACGAACUUACGGUCGAAUUUCUGGCCAUCUUCAACAAAUGCCCGUCAAGGCUUCGCAAACGUGUUAUGCAACAGCCAGGAGUUAACGCUUCUGCCAUGACUUCUUCGGACAAAACCGCUUCUGGAACCAGUAAAGAUUCAUCGACAAGCCACCAAGAUGCUCAUAAAAUUAGAAACGAAUCGUCAGGCAGUAGUGCUCCUAAACCAGGUGAGCGAGUUCCCCGACCACACGAUCAAAGGAGGGAUAAAACUGGUGCGCCUCUCCCUCCGUCGAGUUCUACGGCCAGCGUCCCCGUCGGUCACCGUCCGUCUUCGAAUAGUGGACAUCCUCCUUCACAUUCGAACCGACCACCGGAAGGUGCGGGGCUUGGUGUUGGUGGUAGUUCAGCUGCUGGCAGUCAUCACCAUCAUCAUCAUCACCAACAACAACAACAGCAGCAGCACCAGCAACAACCUUCGGGACAUUCUUCCAGCCGACCUCCACAUCCUCAUCAAAGGUCAAGUUCUGGUUCUGUGAAAGAUACAAAACAGCCGGUUGGAAACAGCAGCAGUAGUGCAUCGCAUCCCUCAUCUGUCCAACAUCAUCAUCAUCAGCAGCACCAACAACAACAUCAACAACAAAGGCUACAGCAGCCACCCGUUCCGCAGAAUACGCUAUCGUCACAGAGAAAACCAGUCGCACCGAAUGCGCCACCCAGCAAUAAAGUUCAACAGCCUUCAAGUGGUGGAAGUAGCAGCAGCAGUUUAUUUUCUCCACCUCGAGUAGAGCAACAGCCGGAGCGAAAACCAAUUGACUCGACUAGUAGAACCGGCAAACCAUCUACGUCGGCCUUUGGUCAAGAUUGGCCUGGUAAUGGCAAUGUGUCGUCAGGAGCGAGCAACGCAGUGGGAUCGAAUCAGCAAACCCAAAUGAACCUUAGCACUUCGUUGGGCUUCAGCCUCGAUCUGGAUAUUUGCGAAGAUCAAGACUCUACAUGGGAUAUUAACUAUGGUUUAGAACCCAACAGUCUGCUGGGGUCGCCCAAUGCCGCUAUUGAAUCCAUGUUGAUGAAUAACGCUACCGGAGACGGGGCGAGUACUAGCGGCUUUCAAAUGAAGCAGCAACAGAGCCUUUUUAGUAUGUUGGAACCAUCACCUAAGCCGCAACAGUCCGGACAGCAGCAGCAGCAGCUUAAUUUGAUCAAUCCCCAGCUUCCUUCAACGCCUCAACCGCAAGUUACUCCACAGCAGCAGCAACACCACCAGCAACAGCAGCAGCAACAACACCAGCAACAACAACAACAACAACAGCAGCAGCAACAACAACAACCUUCACUUCGUGAAAGUCUGUUUGAUCUGGUACUCGACAAUGACCAGUUCACCAGUGUCAAAACUGAAGACGCCAUGACGUGCGUCGAAAUCAAGAGUACACCUGCAGCUGAAGUGGUUGUUUCGGCACCUACUGACGGAGGGGAGGAUGUUGACUCAUCUUCGGGCAAAAAGAAGAAGAAGAAGAAGGAGAAGCACAAAAACAAAGAUAAGGAUCGUGAAGGCAAAGAGAAGGAGAAGAAACACAAACACAAGCACAAAGAGAAAGAUAAGGAGAAGGAGAAGCAGCGCGAUAAGGACAAGUACAAAGACGCCACCGACGGUCCACGGCUCAAGAUAUCGAUGCCAGGAGCGAACCAGUCACCUGCCGAAGAUCCAGCUGCUCUGGUCAAACCUGUGCUGAAAAUUAAGAUUCCCAAAGGACGUAUCGAAGGCGAGGUCGCUACGACGCCGACCAAUGGAUCCAACGAAAGCCAGCCACUACCGGCGGCCUCGCCUGCGGCACCUGGUGGUGGUCUCAAGAUCAAAAUCAGUCGGGAGAUGAUCAGCAGCAAUAACAGCAAAGAAAAGGAGAGCAGCCGGAAGCGAUCCAGCACAACUAGCAGCUCUUCACUAAACAAAACGUCCCUACCCUCAGCCAAACUACCAAAAAUAGAAGCCAUACCACCACAGCAGCAGCAACUCCAACCACCACAGCAACAGCAUCAUCCACCUCAUCAGCAGCAACAUCAUUUUCAAACGGCCAGUUCGAAUGCACGCCCGCAUCACGAACGCAAUGGGUCGUCGUCGUCCAACGCAGUGCCGGAAGAAAGUCGCCAACGUAGUCACUCGGCUCAUCGAUCAUCCACCAAUAUGAACAAGGUAGGACACGCAUCAGCGCAGACGUUUUCGGGUCCUUCUGCUAGUACGUCCUCCUCUGGCCCGUCGUCCGCUGCUGCUUCCGCCGCCAAUGCUGCUGCAGCCGCCGCUGCUGCCAAUGCCGCGAACCCCUAUCGUUCAGUGGGCGGUUUUCCCUCAUUUGCUCCCACCUAUCCUCCACCAGGGUCUAUGCCACCAAUGGGACAUCCUCCCUUCUACAAUCCUUUUCCUCCUGCUUAUCCACCCUACCACAUGUAUGCACCGUACCAGCAAGCACCCCCGAUGCCGCCCAUGAUGAACAAUCAUAUGCACCAAGCUCCGAUACCGCCAUCCAUGGCCACUGGAGUCUCUGCCGGCAUGCCACCUCUACCUCGAGAGCCUCCCCCUCAAGUACCCCCUCCGCCGCCUCCUCAGCCACAUUAGUACCACCAACAACAACCCAAACUCUGUUAUUUGCAACUCUUUCUCAAGUUCUCUGCCCAGCUUUUUUUUUCUUCUCUUUUUUUUCUCUCUCUCUCUCCUCUCCAUUUUGUUUUUGUAUUUUGGUAGAUUCCAUAACGUAACGUCGCGCUCUCCAAUGAAGCAUCGUUCAUUAAUUCCGGCUACUUGGGGGAGUUUUCAUUUUACGACGAUGUUUACGAUGCGAUUUCUUCCCUGACCGGCUCGUCUCGCCUAUUCAUUUUCUUGUACAUAUUUAGCAUAGCUAGAACGAAGAUGUGAGUUGUCAUGCUGGAAAACAGAAAUCAGAAACCUCUAGUGUACUCCUUCCCUUACUAUCCCAUAUUCUCCCCUCUCAAGCAACCUUCCCUUCCAUUAAAAAUUUUUGCUUUUUCCUCAAAACACAAAAGAAAGAGAAUGAAGCAUGUGAUGCCGUGAAUUCUAAGCGGAAUUUUUUUUCUAUUAUAAAAUUCUCUUUUUCCCACACAUUAUUAAUGCUGCUAAUUUAUAACUCUGUGUCUUUAAAGAAAGAACGGGUUACCCUUUUUUUUUUUUUUUUUUUUUUGUUAUUUGUGUUCUUUCUUCUUCAUGUGGCUGAAGUCCUCUAUUUAUUUAGUUAUAAAUUUGCAGAUGGCAAUCGGCCUGGCCAUGCCUGAUUGAUUUCUGCCUCAGUGACGUUCCCCUUCUUUCCCCCUACCGGGAACACAGCAACAAAAAUGACUACUCCAGUUUGGUGACUGUCAGAUUGCCGAUCUGUUUUGUUUCAAAGAGUAAAAGAUGGCAAAUGACACGAAAACAACAAAAAAAAAAAAAAAAAAAAAAAAAAAAAAAAAAAAAAAAAGAAAAUCAACAAUCAUGGGAUCAAGUGGGAUAGAGACAUUUUCUCAGUGAGAAAAGUUAAUUCCGAAGUUUGUUUUUAUGCUGAAGAUUGCGUAGAUUGUUUAGACUAAUCUGAUAGUAAAA